AUGGCUCCCCUAACCCACCGCUCGAUUAAGGAUGGCUGGUUCCGUGAGAUCUCGUCGCAGUGGCCGGGCCAGGCGAUGACCUUGAAGGUCAAGAAAGUCCUGCACGUCGAAAAGUCUCUAUACCAGGACGUCCUCGUCUUCGAGUCCGAGACCUACGGAAAUGUGCUCGUCCUCGACGGUGUAAUUCAGUGCACUGAGCGUGAUGAGUUCUCGUACCAGGAGAUGAUCGCUCAUCUACCUCUCGCGAGCCACCCUAAUCCCAAGAAGGUGCUCGUCAUUGGUGGCGGUGAUGGUGGUGUCGUCCGGGAGGUGCUCAAGCACGAUAUCGUGGAAAACGUCGUUCUUUGCGACAUUGACGAGGCCGUCAUUCGCGUUUCAAAGCAAUACCUGCCACAUAUGUCCUCCCUGCUCUCCGAUCCGCGUGUGACCGUCUACGUCGGCGAUGGCUUCAAAUUCCUCUCGGACAACACGUCCACCUACGACGUCAUCAUCACCGACUCGUCCGACCCUGUUGGUCCUGCCGCGUCCCUCUUCCAAAAGCCGUACUUUGAGCUCCUCCAUGGCGCGCUCACGCCCGGCGGGCACAUCUCGACGCAGGCCGAGUGCCUCUGGCUGCACCUCCCGCUCAUCAACGAGCUCCGUACGAUGACGCGUGGGCUCUUCCCCCUUGCCGAGUACGCCUACACGACGAUCCCGACGUACCCGUCCGGCCAGAUCGGCUUCGUCGUAUGUUCCAAGGAGCCAGGACGUGACGUCAAGGCGCCGCUGCGCGCGGUGACGCCGACGCGCUACUACAAUGCGGAGGUGCACAAGGCCGCGUUCGUCCUGCCCGAGUUUGGCCGUGCGCUGGUCGAGGACGGCAAGGACGUUCUGCCGAAGCUCGGCAAGGCCGUCACAGAGGGUAAGCCUCUGAAGAAGGUUUUGCUCCUCGGCAGCGGUCUCGUUGCUCGUCCUGCAGCGGAGUACGUUGUCCGCGACCCCUCGAACUCGCUCACGAUUGCAUGCAGAACGCUGGCUACGGCGCAGGGCCUUUCUGCUGACCUUCCCCGCACGGCCGCAAUUGCCCUUGACGCGAGCUCAACGCUGGAGCUCGAGAAGGCAGUCGCAGAGCACGACCUCGUGAUUUCGCUCAUCCCGUACGUACACCAUGCCGCCGUCAUCAAGGCCGCAAUCAAGGGCAAGACGCACGUCGUGACGACGAGCUAUGUGAGCCCUGCGAUGCGUGAGCUCGACGAGGCUGCAAAGGAGGCGGGAAUCGUCGUGAUGAACGAGAUUGGACUUGAUCCCGGCGUCGACCACCUCUACGCCGUCAAGACUAUCGAUGAGGUCCACGCGAAGGGUGGAAAGAUCAAGCAAUUCCUGUCCUACUGUGGUGGUCUCCCUGCGCCCGAGUGCUGCGGCAACCCGCUCGGCUACAAGUUCUCAUGGUCGGCACGCGGGGCGCUCCUCGCCCUGCUCAACUCCGCCUCGUACGUCGCGAACGGGCAACAGGUCGACAUCAACGGCAAGGAUCUCAUGGGCCACGCCAAGUCGUACUUCAUCUCGCCCGCGUAUGCCUUCGUCGCGUACCCCAACCGGAACUCUGUUCCCUUCCGCGAGUUUUACCGCAUCCCGGAGGCGGAGACGGUCGUCCGCGGGACGCUGCGCUACCAGGGCUUCCCAGAGUUUGUGAAAGCGCUCGUCGAGCUCGGCUGGAUGGACCAGGAGAAGAAGGAGUGGCUGACCGAGGGCCUCACAUGGGCAGAGGUCAUGCAAAAGACGAUCGGCGCGAGCGGUGCCAGCGAGAGUGCCCUCAUUGCGCGCGUCAAUGAGCUCUGCUCGUUCCCCGACGAAUCUGAGGCCCACCGCAUCAUCUCAGGUCUGAAGUGGAUUGGCCUGUUCUCGACAGAGAAGGUCAAGCCCCGCGACGGCAACCUUCUGGACACGCUUUGCGCUCAACUGGAGACGCUCAUGAAGUACGAGGAGGGCGAGCGCGACCUCGUGAUGCUGCAGCACAAAUUCAUCGUUGAGUGGGCGGACGGCAAGCAGGAUACGAUCACUUCAACAUUGGAGGCCUACGGCGACCCCUCUGGCCACUCCGCGAUGGCGCUGUACGUCGGUGUGCCCUGCGGUGUCGCCGUUCAGUUGGUGCUCGACGGCGUGUUCAGCAAGCCCGGUGUCCACGCACCAUAUACAAAGGAGAUCUGUGACCCUAUCCGCGAACGUCUUGAGCAGGAGGGACUCUACAUGAUCGAGAAGGUCCUCUAAAAAUUGCCAAAAGACGCGCAAGGAAUCGGUGUUGGGAAGGUUGUACUGCUCAUAGACGAAGUGUACUGAAUUGUACCCAAUAUAUACUAUCCUCACGAAGCGAGAGAUCUUCAGCAAAACGAAAAGGCGUUCGUAGGAGCGCUAUUACCUAUACUGUACGAUAGAGUCCUGUGUAGUCGUGUAUUUGACAUCUAUGCCAUUAUACGGCCUACACUAAGGCUUCGGAGUUCGAA